GGGGGGGGAGAGAGAGGGGGGGGCGCCGCCUCUAUCCGAUUCACAGCAACACGGAGCGCUUCGAGGAGACCUGAGCUGAGCUGAGCUGAGAGCGAUGUUCGCCGUGCCGUCGCCAGCGGAGAUGGACAGGGGGACCGUGUCCUCGCUGUGUCUCAGCAACCAGCCCGACAGGAUGUGCAUGCAGCAGGACAGCAACUUCAACUUCCUGGAUGGUGAGGGAGGGGAGCCCAGCCUGCUUUCUCGCUGCUCCCCCUCCCCCCCGGACAGUAACGAGAACCUGAACCAGACCAGGACCAGGCAGAGCCACCCUCUCCUCCUCCGAGCCUCCCUGCUGAGAGCCAGCCUGCCCGCCGUGCCCGAGGCAGGGGAGGAGUGUGCCCGCAUCCACCUAGAGGGAGCUGAGGAGGGGAGGAGCGAGAGAGGAGAGGAGGAGGAGGGGGAGGAGGAGAGCAGCACCGAGCUCAGCUCCAGCAGCUCCUCCUCGUCUCUCAGCAUCGACAGCCCGGGAGGGGAGGGGGAGGGGGAGGGGGAGGGGGAGGAGCAGGGGGCGGGGCAUGGUGGGGAGGUGGCCGGUAGCUGUAUCUGGGGCAGGGUGUUCGGAGGGGCUCACAAGGCACAGCUCCCCAGCCCUGUGAGUGUGGAGCCGGGGCAGGGCAGGGGGGACUCGGAGCCGGACUGGGAUCCCGCGGCGGAGCUGCCGGGCCUGCUGGGGGCGGUGCGGACCCUGCAGCAGGAGGAGCGCUUCAAGGCCCAGGAGAAGCAGCGGCACCAGGUCCAGCUCACCAUGUACCGGCGCCUGGCGCUGAUCCGCUGGCUGCGCAGCCUGCAGCAGAGCGUCUCCGAGCAGCAGGGCCGGCUGCAGCACAGCUACGACAUCAUCCUGCAGAACCGCAAGGAGCUACUCGCUGCUGCAGGCAGGGGGCGCCGGUGA